UCGGACACCUCAGGACGGACGAGUCCGGUCAGACCUCCAUGGAUGGAUGUAGCCUGUCAGGGACGAAGCUGAGCGGUUAGCCGGAUCUUUUUGGACACAAACAGACCACCAGCAGCGGCAGCAGCAGGAUGAGCUCGGACGGGGGCGGGCGGCCCGUCAAGGUGGGCUCCCUGGUGGAGGUGAUCGGGAAGGGGCAGCGUGGCACGGUGGCCUACAUCGGCAACACGCUCUUCGCCUCCGGGAAGUGGGUCGGAGUCAUUCUGGACGAGGCCAAGGGCAAGAACGACGGCACCGUGCAGGGGAAGCGCUACUUCACCUGCGAGGAGAAUCAUGGGAUAUUUGUGAGGCAGUCACAGAUCCAGCUGGUUGAUGAUGGGGCAGACACGACGUCCCCAGAGACACCUGAGCCCGGCACCGGCAAGGUUCCCAAACGAGAGAUCCUGGAGACGCCCAAGUCCACUAAACUGACCACGGCCAGAAGGCCCAAGCAGCCCAGCCGAACCGCAGGCACCGCUGGGAAAGGUGCUGCGUCCGGCUCGGCCUCGGCUUCGGCCGGCGAGAUGAGCAGCAGCGAGCCCAGCACGCCGGCCCAGACCCCGCUGGCUGCUCCCGUCAUCCCCACCCUCCACUCACCUGGAAACCCUCCGGCCCCCGUCCCCAGCAAGGAGGAGGAGGCGCUGCGUUCUCAGGUGAAGGACCUGGAGGAGAAGCUGGAGACCCUGAAGAUGAAGCGGACGGAGGACAAGGCCAAGCUGAAGGAGCUGGAGAAACACAAGAUCCAGCUGGAGCAGCUGCAGGAGUGGAAGAACAAGAUGCAGGAGCAGCAGGCCGAGCUGCAGAAACAACUCAAAGAGGCCAAAAGGGAGGCCAAAGAAGCCCUGGAGGCCAAGGAGCACUACAUGGAGGAGAUGUCGGACACUGCGGAUGCCAUAGAGAUGGCCACACUGGAUAAAGAGAUGGCUGAGGAGCGGGCGGAGUCUCUGCAGCUGGAGGUCGACUCCAUGAAGGAGAAAGUAGACGAGCUCACCAUGGACCUGGAGAUCCUCAAGCACGAGAUCGAGGAGAAAGGUUCGGACGGAGCUGCUUCCAGUUACCAUGUCAAACAGCUGGAGGAGCAGAACGGCAGACUGAAGGAAGCACUGGUCAGGAUGCGUGACCUGUCCGCGUCGGAGAAACAGGAACACGUGAAGUUGCAGAAGCAGAUGGAGAAGAAGAACGUGGAGUUAGACGCUUUGAGGGGCCAGAAAGAAAAACUACAGGAAGAGAUGACGGUGGCAGAAAAGACCAUCGACGAGCUGAAAGAACAGGUGGAUGCAGCUUUAGGGGCGGAGGAGAUGGUGGAGACUCUGACGGAGAGAAACCUGGACCUGGAGGAGAAAGUCAGGGAGCUGAGAGAGACGGUCACCGACCUGGAAGCCAUCAACGAGAUGAACGACGAGCUGCAGGAGAACGCCAGAGAGACGGAGCUGGAGCUGAGGGAGAUGCUGGAUCUGGGAGCGGCGAGAGUCCGAGAGUCCGAGAAACGAGUUGAAGCUGCGCAGGAGACCGUAGCCGAUUACCAGCAGACCAUCAAGAAGUACCGCGAGCUCACGGCUCACCUGCAGGAGGUGAACAGAGAGCUGACCAGCCAGCAGGAAGCCUCCGCAGAGCUGCAGCAGCAGCCGCCAGCAGAGAUGUUUGAUUUCAAGAUUAAAUUUGCUGAAACAAAGGCCUACGCCAAGGCCAUCGAGAUGGAGCUGAGGAAGAUGGAGGUGGGUCAGGCCAACAGACACGUUUCUCUCCUGACCUCUUUCAUGCCGGAGUCCUUCCUCCGUCACGGCGGAGACCACGACUGCAUCCUGGUGCUGCUGCUCAUGCCCAGACUUAUCUGCAAGGCCGAGCUGAUCAGCAAACAGGCCCAGGAGAAGUUUGACCUGAACGAGAACUGCGUGGAGAGAACGGGGCUGAGAGGAGCCAUCGGGGAGCAGCUGAGCUUCGCUGGCGGCCUCGUCUACUCGCUCAGUCUCCUGCAGGCCACGCUCCACAAAUACGAGCAAGCUCUGGCUCAGUGCAGUGUGGACGUCUAUAAGAAGAUCGGCUCUCUGUAUCCGGAGAUGAGUGUCCACGAACGUUCACUGGAUUUCCUCAUCGACCUGCUGCACAAAGACCAGCUGGAUGAGACCGUCAACGUGGAGCCGCUCACCAAGGCCAUCAAGUACUAUCAGCACUUGUACAGCAUCCAUCUGGCAGAUCAGAACGAGGACUGCACCAUGCAGCUCGCCGACCACAUCAGAUUCACUCAGAGCGCGUUGGACUGCAUGGCUGUGGAGGUUGGCCGUCUGCGGGCGUUCCUGCAUGCGGGUCAGGAGAAGGCCGACCUGGCCGUGCUGCUGAAGGACCUGGAGACGUCCUGCAGCGACAUCCGUCAGUUCUGUAAGAAGAUCCGUCGCAGAAUGCCAGGAACCGACGCGCCCGGCAUCCCUGCAGCGCUCAACUUCGGACCGCAGGUGUCAGACACCCUUUCAGACUGUAGGAAACACCUGACCUGGGUGGUGGCGGUGCUGCAGGAAGUGGCGGCGGCAGGAGCGCAGAUGAUGUCACCUCUUGGUGAACAGGAAGGGCUGGUGGCCGUCAAACUGGAGGACGUGGCGUUCAAGGCAGGAGAACAGAUUUAUGGACUGCAGGGUGCAAACCCCUACGAGUAUCUGAGACAGUCCUGUGGCAUCGUCAUAGCAACCAUGAACAAGAUGGCCACCGCCAUGCAGGAGGGCGAGUAUGACUCAGAGAGGCCUCAGAACAAGAACCCGCCCCCUGUGGACGUGCGAGCGGCGGCUCUUAGAGCAGAAAUCACUGAUGCGGAAGGUUUGGGUAUGAAGCUGGAGGACAGAGAGACGGUCAUCAAGGAGCUGAAGAAGUCUCUCAAGAUCAAGGGAGAAGAGCUGAGCGAAGCAAACGUCCGCCUCAGUCUGCUGGAGAAGAAGUUGGACAGUUCAGCCAAAGACGCAGAUGAACGUGUUGAGAAGAUCCAAACCCAACUGGACGAGGCUCAGACUCUGCUGAAGAAGAAAGAGAAGGAGUUUGAGGAGACGAUGGACGCUCUACAGGCUGAUAUCGACCAGCUGGAGUCAGAGAAGGCGGAGCUGAAGCAACGCAUCAACAGCCAAUCAAAGAUGACCAUCGACGGCCUGAGAGGAACCGGCCCGUCAGGAAUCGCUUCCAUCGUCACAGGAGUGGCAGGAGAGGAACAAAAAGCGAACAUGAUGUCCAACGUGGGUUCAGCUUCGGGCGUCCAGGUGAUCGACUCUCCUCUGCUGACUCAGCAGAUAGAAGCACAGAGACUCUGCAUCAAACGCCUGAAAAACGAGAACAACAGGCUGAAGGCUGAGAAGAUGCGCUCCCAGCUGGCGUCUCUGCCUCCUCUCCACGUCACCAAACUUCCCUCCAAAGAUGGAGGCCGUCCAGAAGUGACCUCCAGCGCCCUCUACCGCAAGACCGACCAGCUGCUGGAGACUCUGCUGCAGAUGAGCGCCAACGUCAAGGUGGUGGACAUCACCGGGAAAUCUCCAGUGACACCCAGUGCUCAGCUCCUGGAACAGACGGCUAGAUUACAGUCUCUAAGUGACACUCUGGACAGACUCAAGGGCGAAGUAGCCGAACACGUCGUCAACCAGCAACCCGGAGCUCGAGUCUCAUCUGACUUCGCCACGUUUCCUUCGACUUCGUUUGUAAAGGCGAAGGAGGAGAAGCAGGGCGACACGGUGCUGGUGGGUCGGGUCAUGGUCCCGUGUUCCCGCGGUCAGGAGCAAGUCCACCGCCUCGUCCUGUCACAGUCGCAGCUCCAGAGAGUGCACAGUCUGCUGCGGACCUGAACCUCACCCGCCCCCGAGAUCCUGCCUGCUGCACCAACAACACAACGACCCCCCCGUCAUCAGCUUGAUCGCUCGGUUUCCACCCCAGAGCCAAACAAGUCGUGUCACUGAGAUUGAAAAGCAAGUUGAUCUGGUCAGUCUGGUUCUCAAGCUCACUCUGGAUUUUGGAUAAGUAUCGUUAGUCGUUAGUGAUUUUAGGCUAAAAGCAAACUACUCAACACAGUAUUGACCUUUCAAAGCAAAAGUAUUGCGGCAAGAUGUUUUGAUGCCUCGAUUCACUGCCAAAAAUCACAUGACCACUAUUAACGAGGCCUCGUUACGUCACAGACGUAUCAGAGAGGUUCUACGCAGGUUUGGGAUAUGAAGUGUGUUUCUCAAUCUGCCACAAUAUCUAAAAACAGAGCUGUGAUCUGUUUUAAUAGAAUAGACUUUAUUGAACAAAAUAACAACAAAAGCUGUUUCAUCUCGCUCUCAGAUACCAACAGCUACUUGUCAUGUGUCUGUUUUGACUCUGACUUGGUCUCAGCCACUCUGGAUGAGGACUACAAUUAUUAAAUCAUGACAAUUUUAAAGCAAAAUCCUUUAAAGUCCAGGAAAGACGUACGUAUUAAAGUACCACCAAUAUCACUGAUAUUUGCUUUUCCUUCAUGUAAAACCUGUUCACAAUGAGUAGAAGUUGUUGGUCUCAUAUUUAAUUGGAUUGGACCUGGUUUAAGAGGUGACUUGGAUCAGACUGGCGAGCUCUUGAUUACAGCUGUUUAUUCUUUAAACUAUAGUCUGUGUGAGGAUGAUGAUGAUGAUGAUGACUUUAUCUGCUGAACUUACAGAUCUAAAUGCUGUUUUAUGCCAAGAAAAACUGCUGCAUGCGGCCGAGAUUCACUGAAAGGUUGUUGUUGUUUUUUUUAGUUAAAUAGUAUGAAGUAUUUCUCCGACUCCUCUUUGGCCCUGGUGUGGAACCUGCACAACGUGGUUUAUCAGUCAAUGCAGCGUUUUAGGCCAAAUCACUGGAUGUUGCUGUAUGUUUCUAUGUUAAAACUGUGCACACUACUGUUAACGCUACACAGCAAGUGAAGGUUCAUGACUGUGGUGUUAUUUUAAUCAGGUGUCACUGUUGUGUGCUCCAUUUUUAUAAACGUUUAAAAAGGGGAAAACAAAAAAAAAAAGGAUUAUAAAGGUUUUGAAAUGAUUAUGGAAGAAAAAAAAAGCAUUUACAGUAGAGGGCAUUUUACUGUAGUUUGAUCAAAGACACUUUUUGCACAUAUAACGAGUCUUGAGUGACAGGAGGGGAACGAAUCCACGUCACGCUUACUUGGAUGUAAGUUUACUGCCGCGAUGACGUCUGACCGAUGAAGGUCAUGUGACUAUGACACCGCAGCAGUAAAGUUACAUGCAAGAAAAAGUUGUGUGUUGAGGAUUUACUUUCUUUUCUCCGUAGUUUGGCUGCACAGAACAAGAAUAGCUGAUUUUAACCUGAAGGGAUUUACUGUGUAAAACACGGAUGAAAUUCUUUUGCAGAUUUUUUUUUUCAUGUUUAUUUAAAACCUGACUUUACUUUAGUCAGAUAAAGAGUUAUAUGGUUUAAAUUAUUUAGUAUUUAUUACACUCGUGGUGUAAAUUCCAGUAAGCUGUUGGUGUCAACUUUUACACGCUUGGUACACAUGACACACUGGUCGUAUUGGUAAUUUUACUGAACACCUGUAUCACCUGUGAGACUGCUGUCGCCGUAGACUUUAAAACUUUGUCCGAGCCUUAAACCUGCAGAGAGCCUUGUGGUAAAGAUCGGUCACCUGCCUUAUUUUUGAUUUGUUCACACCGAACCUCGUUUAAAAAAAGCAAAAGUACAUCUUUGCCAAAGAAAUCUUUGUUCUUCUUCACCACAUCUGCCAUCGCUGAUUUAAAAAAAAAAAAGGCUUUUAGUUAAUUAAUCCAUGAUACUUGUUUUAUUUAAUUAUUUGUUAGAAUAUUUAUGUUUACAUACAACUGAGGUAGGAAGUUUUGUAAUUUAAUUAAUGGGCAUAGUGCAUCUACAUGACAUUACUACAUAAUAUUAAGAGGGAAGAAUGCCGAUAACCUCAUGUCUUAUUUAUUCACUGUUGUUGUUCUGAGCAGCUGAUGUACUGAAAUCUGCAGCUUGUCUAACUUGUCUUACCUUUUCCUUGUGUGGCUUCCCGCUCUUGCACAACCGAUAACUGAUCAAUAAAGACAUUAAAGCCAGUGUA